ACGGAAAGGAUUAUGAAGAAAUUGAAAAAUCCUGAAAGAGAAAUCCGGUGGACGAAAUAAUCAAUUUUUCACCCGUUGGAUAAACCCUGCAUCUUAAAUUUCAAGGUAAAAUCUCUACUUUCCUGGAUUCCCACGUCAAAAUUUCACACGAAAAAGCAUUCCAAUUCUAAUAUACACAAAUAUAUUCGAUGCUAUUCCGAAGGUUAUGCUUCUCUUUAUCGAAAUCUUGCUACCUACCUUUUUUUCUAUCCUCAAAAUUGACAAACCCGUUUGCUAGUUUAAACUCAAACCCAGGAUUUAUAUCGAAUUGUGAAUCCGUGAAACUAAGGUUUCAGAGGCGGAUGUCCGUGAAUUCGCACAAUUUGGUGUCCGAAAAUGCCGCAAGUUCCACUAUGGAUGAUCCUAGGAAGCCCCCAGUCGUCCCCAUUCCAUCCCCGGAAACUGCCGAACCGAUCGAGGUAUUCAGGGCCCUGGAGGCCUCUUUGGGCUUGCAAUUUAGCUCUCAGCCCAUAUUCCCGAAACCUGGACCUUUGAUUAUUGUUAUAAGUGGCCCCAGUGGUGUUGGCAAAGAUGCUGUGAUCAAAAGAUUGAGAGAAGUUAGAGAAGAUCUGCAUUUUGUGGUUACAGCAACUAGCCGAGCUAAAAGGCCUGGAGAAGUUGAUGGAAAAGAUUACUUUUUUGUGAGUAAAGAAGAAUUUUUAUCCAUGAUCCAGAAAAAUGAGCUAUUGGAGUAUGCAUUGGUGUAUGGUGACUAUAAGGGGAUCCCUAAGCAGCAGAUUAGGCAGUACAUGGAGAAAGGGUGUGACAUUGUAUUGAGAGUGGAUAUACAGGGAGCCAUGACGUUGAGAAGGAUCUUGAGUAAGAGUGCGAUUUUCGUAUUUUUGGUGGCAGAGAGUGAGGAGGCAAUGGUGAAGAGAUUAAUUGAUAGGAAGACAGAAACGAAGGAGACUCUGCUCAUGAGAGUUGCAACAGCUAGGGAAGAGUUGAGGCAUUUGAAUGAGUUUGAUUAUGUGGUUGUAAACAAGGGAGGUGAGUUGGAGAGUGCAGUGAAGCUGUUGGAGUCCAUCAUUGAUGCUGAGAAGGCUAAAGUGCAGCAAAGGAGAGUGGUCAUUUAGAUAAGAACCCAUCAAAAAAAUUAGGUUAGUAUAGUGCAUGUUGAAACUUAUUGGAGUACUUUUGAAACUAUAUUUCCUAUGGUAUAUUGUCAUCGAUUAUGUUCUUAGCAAAUAUGGUUUGGGCCAUUUCUCUAUUGAUUGAUUCUUCAAUGUGUCAAUGAGUCUACUGGUGAAUCCGUCAUGUGAAUCUUUCGUGGGUCUUUGUAUUUGGGUGUGUCUGUCUGUAUCUUACAUGUGCUGAAUUGUAUUAUUAAAAGAUCAUGUUGUUACUAA